AAAAAAGGGUCAAAAACCCCAAAAACCCCAAGAGAUCUCUUUUGCUUACCUUGCACUUCUCGCCGGGCCGGGGCACGCGCUGCAGCUGGGGCAGGUUUUGGCCAAGUCCCGGCAGGCACGCCGGCAGAAAAGGGGGAUAUUUUCAUUGCUUUCUCUUUCAUUUUUGGUAAAAGUGAGGCAUGCAAUCACGCCUCGCGCUCUGCCCUGCCUGGGACCAGCCGCCCUUCGGCGAGCUUUUAGCAGAAGAGGAAACGCCAGGCACGGGGAGCUGUGCCGAGCGCCGGGGCUGCCGCCGAGCUGGGGGGGGGCACCCACUGGGUGCUGGGGGACGGGGCAUCCGGGAAGGGCAGCGGAGCCCUGGAUGCGGCGUGGGACCCCCCGGGUGGCCGAUGCUGGGGUGGCUGCUGGCGGCGCUGGCGUGGGGCGGCACCGCCGCGGCCCCCGGCUUCUCCUGCUGGAAGCAAUGCGGCUCCCGCAGCUUCAGCUGCUCCUGGCCCCCCCACGGCCCCGACGGCAACACCACCUACCUCCUGACGCUCUGCUACGCGAGCCGCACGCAGUGCCAGCAGUUCAAGGCGGGCACGGGGACGACGUACACCCUGAACUAUCGCCACGUCUACGUCCUCAGCAACGCCACGGCCUGGGUGGAGGCGCGCUGGGGGGCCCACGUCCACAGGACCCCCAACCUCACGCUGUACCUCGACAAGGCCGUCAAGCUGCAUCCGCCCCCCACCGGGAUGCCCUUCACCAAGACCGGUGGCCAGCUGCACCUGCGGGUGCCGCGGCCGCCGUGCCACGACUGGGGCCAGCCGCCGCAGCGGGAGGCUCGCUUCCGGAGGAAGGGUGAUCGCGGCUGGACGCAGGUGACGUGUGAGUCGGUGACGGACGAGAACGACUCAGUGACCUGCGCCCUGGGGAGGGACGGCAGCUUCGAGGUCCAGCUCCGGCACAAGCUCCCUCACUGGAGCAGCUACUGGAGCGACUGGAGCAGCUCUAUCUUCGUUCCUGAGGAAAUCCUGGAAAGCCCGGAGCUGAGCUACCAGCUGGGAAAACUGGGGAGAGAUGGGCAGCGGGUGCUGAGGCUGGGCUGGCAGCGAGCCCCCGAGGAGCAAGGCAAUGUCAGCUACACCCUGUGCGCCCGCAUGCUGGCGUGCCGCUGCGCCCAGCCGGCCGAGGAGGACACGGUGGAGCUGGGGAUGGAGGUGACAGCGCACAACCUCACCCUCUCCGGGGCCGAGUACGAAAUCCUGCUGACAGCGGCCAACGCCGCGGGGCCGGGGCCGGUGCGGGAGCUCCGUGUGCCGGCAGAGCAGCGCUCAGAUCUCAGAUUCAAGGACGUCAGCGUGGCCGGCAGCACCGUGACGGCGCGGUGGGAAGCACGGAGCCCUGGCGUCGCCUACUGCUUCGAGCAGCAGCCGCUGCUGCCGGGAGCCUCAAAACAGGGCAUUUGCACCCAACGGGAUUUCCCUGCCAAGAGCAUCCAUGUGGAGAAAGGAGCACUGGACACGCCGGCGUGUUACCGCCUGGCCGUGCACGGCUGGGCCCCGGCGCGGGGCUGGUCCACCUUCGCCUUGCAGCACCACUACUCCAGCAACGCCUCGCUGGCCCGGCCCAUCCACAUCAACGCCAGCGAUGCCACCAUCGUCCUCCAGUGGAGCCCGUCCCCCCGUGCCGCCUGUCCCGGGGCGCUGGCCAAGUACCUCAUCUGCCACGUGGCCAAGGGGGACAACGUGACGUAUGCUGAAGCAGAUGCCGCGGCAUCGCACUUCGCCCUCCAAAACCUCCGUCCCGGCACAACCUACAAGGUGGGCGUUUGGGAGGUGACAGCGGAGAGCGGAAGGACCUGCAGCACUUCACGGGACUUCCAUACCAAGGCGCUGGGAGCGGUGUGGAAAUCCAACCUGACGUACCUGGGCAUCUUGCUUGCUCUCCCUGCCGUGGCCACCAUCUACCAGCUGAGCAAAAAGAGGGCUCGCCGCCUCCUCUUCCCACCCCUGCCCCAGCCCGUGGGCACCAAAGCCAUCCAGUUCUCCACCGGCGACGUGAACCAGGGCCAGCCCCGGCCAGGUUUCGUGGAGCCCUCAGAGAGGUUCAGCUCAGCCGACCUGCUGAUAAUGGAGCUGGAUCCCGGGAAGCGGAUGGCCGACGCCAGCACACGGCCCGGCACGCCACAGCCCGUCCCCGUGGCUGAAGAGCCGGUGGUGGUGUGCCCGUCGGGCUGCGAGAAGGAGCUGCCGUUCACCUACCGGAGGCAGGAGGUGCUGAGCCCGGUGGGAUUUCCACUGCCCAGCAGUACUGGCGAGGAGGAGGAGGAUGAGGAGGAAGAGGAGGAGGAAGAGGAGGGAAGGUGGGGGCAGCGCCAGCCGCUGGUCCCCAUUGCCCUGCUCAUCUCUGACAAACCCGUCAUCAUCAGGGACGAGGAAGGAUGGGACCCAUCGCCGGAGAAGUCGGUGCCAUAACCUUCUCCAGGCUGGGGCAGCGGGGAGGGACAGCAGGAGGGGGAUGAAGGAGGGGAUCCCUCGGGAUGCUGAGCACCCAGGCGGGAUGCUGAGCACCCGCCUCUUGGGCUCACGGUCGCACCAGCGCUUCCAGGGGGUUUUCUGGUUUCCAGGAUAUGGAAGGCAGUGCCUCCAGAUGCUGGGGCCAGGACCUGGCCACCCACUUCCCAGCCUCAGGAUGCUCAUUCCCUUUCAUUGGCGAUGGAUAAGGAGGGAAGGCAGCUGCAGAGCCCGGCCGGGGCUGAGGGUGGGACGGGGAGCAGAGGCAGAGCUUCACCUCGGCUGCCUCCUGCCCUCCCGCCGCAGCCAGCAUCGCCCCGG